UCAAAAUCAAAUUCACACACGUAAUAUACAUAUAUUUGUCUGCAUGGAAUACAAACGAAUACUCUUGGAAUUCAAAUUUUCCUGAUAAUCAUGUAUUGGAUUUAUAUAAUAUACUGUGUCCCUCGUGUUGCACCCCAAAUAAAAGAAAUUCGAUCAAAACAAAUUACUGUGUGGCUAUUUCUUAGUACUUAUUACGAUUCAAAACUAGUACACAAAAAUAAGGCCCGAUAAAAACGUGAAAUUAAUGUUUUUUGAAUUUAGCAAUCCUUUUAGAUAUACUAUAUACAUGACUUGGUCAAUAAUUCUGAUGGUUGGGAUGUAAUGUCUAGCUUCAAGCUUUAUAGUAAAUCUAUUCGUUUUUGAUAUAGGCUUUGUUAGAUUUUCUUUGAAGGUUCUAUUAUGGUCAUUUGUCACUUUCCAUGACUACAUAAUUUGUAGGUGAAAUGACAUUUUACAAUGUAUAUACAAAUUAAAUACAUUUAAUUCUAUUAUAACGCCUAUAUGCAUUUUACAAUAUUGCUGCCACACUUUUUCUGUGUGGCUUAUUGGUCUAUUAUUUUUCAAUUAUUGAAAUUUUAUUUUACCUCUUUGUUUUCUGAAUAGUCUUCUAAAUUUUAGUUCAUGGGGAUGGGCACAUGGUCAGGGAGUGGGUUUCCCUUUUUUUCCUUCCCUUCCCAGUUUCAUAUUAUCUAAUUAUUGUCACACACAAAAACGAAACUGAACUUGAAGAAUAACCGGUAAUUUUAAGCACAUAUAAGCUCUUUUUUUUAGUACUGAUAGUAGUUCAUCAGUUUCAUCACAUAAUGGAAGUUUUUCAAAUAAAGAAAAUAUCAUAUCAUAAAGUUUUUCAUUUUAAUAAACACUUAUCACCCAUUAUCAUAAAAAUAAAUGCAGGAAAAGCAAGACGCGUGGGCCAAACAUGAAGUGGAAUAAUAUCUCAAAUCCAAAGGGCACGACUUUUCUUUCAUCAGCAAAUGCGAAAUCGCGAGUGCUUUAGUUUUUGUUCUAAGUCUUUAUAGAGUUUAGACAUGUCUUUUUUCUCUGUAGUCCUUUUUGCUUUUUAAGAACAUUUUAUUUCAAAUGAAUUCCAUUCAUAAUGUAAACACUCGCGAUUAAGACACCUCAUUGCAGCUGUUAAAGAGAAAAAGACCCCUCAUUGCAAUGCACCAUAAAAGAUAAAAUGCAUUGUGUACGAACCGAUCUCGAAUCUCAGCCCUACAACCACUACUUACUCCCCAUGUUAAAACGUCUAAGUAAACACGAGAAAAUAAUACUAAGAAGACAAAAUUGAUCUGUUGGGCCAUCGUUUUUUCUUGAGAACUGCUUCACUUAUUUCUUAAGGGAACUGGGUGCUAAAACUCUAAGCAUUGCUUGAAUGCGAGGUUCCUUCUUCUAUUUACUUUCAUAUAUUUUAAACAAGACUAACUUCAUUUCAUCAUUAUGAUUCUCAUAUUAUUAAUAUGCAUAAUAUCUUUAGCGACAGUGGCCAUUAGCUAACUUUAUUCCUCAAGUUUGAAAUCAUGAAACUCAAAACUAUGAUUACUCUUGUUCAUUGUCUUAUACGUUGAAUUCGAAUUCUGCUCUAAACUAUUGUUUCUAAUCUUUUGAUAAUUAACACCAUCGUAUGAUAUAGAAACAAAAACAUAUGUAUAACUAACAUAAAGUAUUAAAGUUAUGACAAUGUAUAAAAAUAAAAAUAAUAACAAACUUUAAGUCUAAUAUUUUUUGUUAGCUAAAAGUAUAUAUGAUCUUAUUGAAUAAUAAUUCGGUCAUCUUAAUACAAUCUACGCACAUAUUAAGUCUUAGUUCUCUCUAUUAUGUCUUCACGUUAUAUGAUCAAUGAAGGUAUAUAGCACACUGAAUAGACCAUACAGACGAUAGAAAUAAUAAAUAAGCAUGUGUCAUGAGUGCAAGGGAAGGCAGUACACGUUCAUGUAUGUAUGCAAUAUACAUAUGUAUCAUACUUUUCAAAAAUAAAAGAAUAUAGUAUUAUUUGGUUAGAAACAUCUUUGUAAUGAAGUUUGUGCAUGUAUGUGUGUGAACUCUCUGACAUAAAAUAUAAAAUCUGUAAUGGGUCUCAAAGGUAGAUCACGAAUAAGCAAUUAUAGUAUACAUCCACUUCCAUGAGUCCAUAAGCCAUAAGUUCCAUAGGUACAUAUCCUACUUCCUAAUAGUUAAGAACAACUUGGAUGCAUGGACUUUCAUGUUACAUAAAUGUCUAUAUGUAUAACAAAUCGGUCCCAUACUUAUUUUAUAAUCAUAUGUUAACGGUGUAAGCAAAUAUAAUUAUGACAAUAAAUUCAUGUAACCAGUAUUUUUCUAUUCCAGGACAGACAAUCCUUGUGGUUGCUAGCUAGUGCUAAGAUUAAAAACAAUAGUCUAAAUUAUUCUCUACUGUGCUAGAGCAUCUUAUGUCUUGUCUUACAAAGCCAUCACAGUAGAGAAUAAUUUACUGCAAAAUGGGAUGAAGACAAAGUAAACUGACAUUGUGCAGACAAUAAGACAAAGUAGUCUCUCGCUAAUUCAAGACCUUUCAAUAACAAUGAGAGGCUCAAAGAACUUGCUCAAAAAGAAAAGGCUCAAAGAACGUGUUUGCUGAAGCCAAUCAAUAAUUCCACUGAAGGUAACCCCCAUGAUAUGACAGUGAGUAUAAUGAUCGAAUUUUAACAUUACGAAGAAUAACAUAAAAAGAUGAGUCUUGAAGACUCGCAAAGCAAACAGAGGCGCUCUGGGCUUGCAGAAAUGAAUGGAUCAAACAAGCCAAAUCACAUGAUAUUUUUCACGGGUUUAUGAAAUCAUAUCUAAUCUAUCUCCUCACUAGCUUAAGAUGAGGGAAAACACAACGAAGAUGAAAACAAAGAAUGUUUUCAUGUAAUAGUCUUGUUGUCCUUGUCCCCCCGUGUGCCGGUGAUAACCAUGCCUAUGCAAGUAUCCUCCAUGGAAAGGGUUUAAGUCGCCAGCCUCCUUUUUUCUCUCACCAUCGGAAUGCCGCAGCUUUGAUCUCUCCGUUCUUAUGUGUAUUUUUUAACCGCCAGACGCUGCCGCAGCGUUUGUCCACCGAACAGGGCUACCGUCAACUCGAGGCGGCUCAGUAAGAAUACUAGUAGUAGAAUAAUUAAUAAGCUUUGAAGUCAAUUUCACCGUGUUGGUAUGCCUUUUAACAUCUCUGUGUUCCCUGCAGUUCACCGCGUCUGAUCAUUAAUUUGACUUGAAAUUUGUAUAAGAAAUUAAAUUCUCCUCAACUUCGAGUGCAAAUCAAAUUUAUUUCUUUUUAUAGUAUGUAAAGAUAAAUAAUCUACUUGAAAUUUAUUAGUUUUAACAUACUUGUAAUACUACUAGUUGAUUGGGAAAGAUAUCCAACCAUUCUAAAAUUAGUAUUUAUAAUUUAUUUUUAACGGAUAGAAUAUUAAUUUUGAUAACUGUUUUGCUAUUAUUUCUACUGGAUAUUUGAAUUUCUUUAAAUCAAAAAGAUUGCUUUUGCCGCCCUAGUAAACUAUAGCACUGUUCUUUUGGAGACGCGGCGACAGCGUCAACGUUUCAAAAAUUGCAAAGGAAAUGACUAAUUUUCACGGCAUCGUCAUUUAAUAACAGCCGCUGCCAACUGACGCUUAAGCUCUUUCUUCCGCUUUAAUAGCCGCCGUAAAAAGCAGCGACUACGUUACUGUCGCCGGCGGCAAUUGUUUCGUCUAUAAGUUGAAUCGCGACGUCUUCAAACGAGCUGUUUUUAAUUAGUUGCUGACGUGGUCUUUGAUAUUUUUUUGAUCGCACAUUGUUGUCUCCGCGUUUAAGAAACGAACAGAGCUUAUGUUACGGUCUAAAUUAAUACAUUAUAUUCAAAUACAUUGUCAAGUCUUCUUCUUAAUCUAUUUGAUUUAUUAAAGUGGUCUAUCCUUUUCAAGUUCUCGUUUUGUAAUAAUAAUCAUCAAGUGGGAAAUCAAUUAAAAUUUCCAAAUAGAAUAAGUAAAUAUAGAUAAACACUCAAAAACGUUGAAAAUAAAACCAGGGUUUCGAAUUUGCAAAAAAAAAAAGCAUUUAUAAACUUUUACUUGAAAUUCCAAUUUAUUAUUUAUCAUAUAUUUUGUAUAUGUUAUCAUGCAUGUUUUUUUUUGUUUUUUACCCUUUCCUUGUAAGAAUUAAGUAAUUUGUGAUAUCAUAUACAUAUAAUUUGUUAGUAUAUCAAGAUGAAAAUCCAACCUUCGUGAAAUUAAUAUUUGCAAUUUGCCUUAUUUUUUUUGGUAGGAAUGUUACGUCAAAUAGAUUACUUGUGCAGCCCUAAACUGUGAUACGGACUGGAAUACAUUGUAUUCAAACGCAUUGUCAAGUCUCUCUAACCUACUUGAAUUUGUAAAAACGUGGAAAUUAAAAUUUCUCUGUACCUUGGCCGGACAAUUUAGUACCAGCAACUGACUACAGAAAAACUAUAAAUAGAGGCAUCUGAGACACAAACUUUCAUUCAUCAAUACACAUUAAUUUAGAUCGAAACUUGAGAUAUAAAAUGGCAAAUUUCUCCGGUUUACACAUUCUCUUCUUCUCCUUCAUCAUAGCUACAGGUGCACUUUCCGUCGUCUCCGGUACAGUGUUUACCAUAGUGAACCGCUGCAACUUCCCCGUUUGGCCUGGAAUCCUCACCGGAGACAACGGUGUACAACUCAACGGCGGUGGAUUCGCCUUAAACACAGGAGCUUCGGUCGACGUAGCCGCUCCUGCAGGCUGGUCCGGCAGAAUCUGGGGCAGAACUGGCUGCAAUUUCGACGCGUUCGGCACUGGAAGUUGCCUCACCGGAAACUGUGGUAACAAAGUACAGUGCUCCGGAGCAGGAGGAGCUCCACCAGCUACACUCGCCGAAUUCACGAUCGGUCAUGGCGGCGCGAUGGACUUUUACGACGUAAGCCUGGUCGAUGGUUACAACGUCCAGAUGGAAAUCAAGACGCAAGGCGGCUCAGGCGAUUGCCAAAACGUGGGAUGCGUUUCAGACCUGAACAAGAUUUGUCCCACCGAGCUAAGCGUUCUUAGCGGGGGAAGUGUUGUGGCGUGUAAGAGCGCCUGCGAGGCAUUUGGAUCACCGCAGUAUUGUUGCACCGGUGCAUUCAAUAAGCCCGAGACUUGUCCGCCUACGGAUUACUCAAGGAUUUUUAAAGCAGCUUGCCCCAAAGCGUAUAGCUACGCAUACGAUGAUGCUACAAGCACUUUUACUUGUGCCAAUGCUAAUUACUCCAUCAUUUUCUGUCCCACUAUAUAGCUACCAUUAUCAAUUUUUAUCAACGACGAUUGGUAAUUAUAAUAAUUAUUUGUAAUCGCUGAAAGAAAUAAAAAAGUUUUGCGGAAUGAGAUAAAUUCCGCAAACUAUAAUGAAUAAACUACUUGUGAUUUUACUCAAUAAAAACAAAUAUUUUUUUUGAACUUUGUUAUACUUUUCCUCGUACAUAAUCAACUGGAGUUAUUGUGCUGAGACGACAUAAAAUGUUAUUGUGCACGUACCAAUCGAAUGCAAUUGUGCAUUAUUUUUUUGAACUUCUCGAUAAUGUUUAAAAUGAACAAACUUGAUCUCAACAAAUUAAUACUUUUUUCGGUGUAAGAUUAAUAGACCGUUAAUUUUCAAAAAAUAAAAAAACAGAGGGAGUACAUAGUUAAGACAAUUUUUCUUGUUAGUAUUUUGUUUUUCCCCGUUUCAAAUUCUGUUCCAAAUUCUCCAUGAAAUAACAUUCUCUCGUGGCUAAUUUCUGGUAGUCUAUACUAUUAUUUGCGAAGUAAUUUUUAGCAACGAAGCUCUCACGUUGAAAGUUAGAGCGGUUAAUAUUGUUUAUACCCUUAAUAAAUUUUAUAUAUAAUUAAUUAUAUAAUCCAAAAUGAAUUUUUAUUAAUAAUAUUAACUUUUUAAAAAUGAAGAUAAUUCUUGUAUAUUAUGUUGUUAUCUUAAAACAUAUUUUCAAUAUUAAAAUUUAAAAAUUAAAUAUCAAACAGUUAUAAUAAUUUCAGUGGUUAAAGUCAAUGUUAUCUUUAAUAAAUUUUAAUUAAACAUAUAUAUUUAAUUAGUUUUUUGUCAUAUAUAUAUAUAUAUAUGUUUGAUUUAUUUUUUUUGAAAAUAUAAAUAAUAAGUUAUUAUGCUGGUUUUUGAAUUAAUAAAAACAAGCUAAUAUGUAUUUGUAAAACGAUUAAACCCGCAUACGCGGGCAAGACACCUAGUAAUCUAUAAACAUAGAUACUCGGUUUGAAAUUUAUUAAUUAAUAGUGUUUAUUAAAUUGUGUUUAUUAAAUUAUCAAUUAUUAAUUUAUAGAGUUUCUAGAGUACUUUUUUUCUAUGCACUUUUUUCUUCUUCUAUAUUGCAUAGUAACUAUAGAUGCUGAAUGUUUCCUGAAUAUAGGUUGAGAAUACAACGUUUCUUAUAUAAGACAUGGGAUAAUCCUAAUAAGAUAUUCACAGAAUGUACGAAAAUAUAAUAUAUAUAUAUAUAUAUAUAUAUAUACACACAAAGAUAGUGAAGAUAUGAGCAUAUCUUUAUAUAAACAACACAUUUCAUUACUUUUAAUCUCUUUUCUUUGAUGUAAUCAGAUUCGAUUAGAGAUACAUAUAGUGAAGAUAUCAGCUAUUAACUUCUUCUUUUUUUGUGCACAAAUCAAUAUUAAUGGAGAAAGGUCUCAGGUUCAAAGUAGCCCAGAAAAGAGUCCAAAACAGAAAUAGAUUGUAGGGAGAGCUUAGCUAACACAUCCGUUUCCCUGUUGAGAUUGCGAGAUAGAUAUAUAAGGAAAUUUUGACGAAAGUAGAGAAGAUUACCGGAGGACAUCCUGAGAAAAGUAAUCCUAUUUAAUGAGGGUAAGUCGCACCGCAAGGGCUUCAGCCAUAAGGGGAGAGCUCAGGAAGUCUUGGAUGCUUGAUCACGAGCUAUUUACUACAUACAAUUAUUUUCACCUAUUUAGAAACGCUUAAUCUCUUACUGGUCGUUUUUUUCUAAAAAUCAUAGUUUUUAAUAAAUAUUCACGUGUCUUACUCUCUUGCAUCGUCUUUCAAAUUUGACUUUAAGUCAUAUAAAAACAUAUUUACAUUCUAACUUUACCAAUAUCUAGGUCGGAUCAGAACAUAUAGUAUAUUUUGAAGACUCAUUGGUUUCAGGGUCAUUUUAGGUUUAUUGAUGGGGUACGUAUAUACAUAGCUAAAGGCCUGACUAGUUUUACCGAUGUAGUUGCAGAUGCGGUUGCGGGAGUUUGCAAAUGCAAAUUGUUAUGGUUUUAAGCAUUUUAAAGAGAUUUAGUACAAUCGUUAAAAACUGGUGCAUUUACGGGAUACUUAUAACUGGUUAACUACAAAAUACAGCAACUGUUAAAUACUCCUUCCGUUUCAAAAUAGAUGAUGUUUUAAGUGAUUGUUUUUGUUUCACAAUAGAUGAUGUUUUCACAUAUCUAUGUAACUUUAACUUUCUCAAAAGCUGUGUAGCCAAUCAAAUUUUAACUAAUUGUGUUUAUAAUUAAAUAAAUUAGUUUUAAAUUAUAUUUUAAUGAUUUUUUGUUUAAAAAUAAUAAUUUCUUAAUAUGUGUGCAAAGUACUAAAACUUCAUCUAUUAUGAAACAGAGGGAGUAAUAAUUAACAAUAUUUAUAUUUUAUAUAAUUCUAAAAGUAUUAAAAAUCAUAAUAUUAUAAUAAAAAUAAAAAUUAUAUUUAUAAACUUAUACUAUUAAAUUUUUUAAAAUGAUAGAAAAUAUUUUUGUUUUAAAGUUUUAUAAUAUAAAUUUAAAUAUAAUAUAUAUACAUUUUACUAUUUCUAUUAUUUCAAUUUAAAACUUUUAUUGAUUUUUUUUUUUUACUUUUAUAAAAAAAAAAUUACCCUCACGCAACCGUCUAUAGUCGCAAACACUAGCUGAAACCAUCUUUUGAUUUUAAGAGGUUCGAAACGACUAGAAGCGAUUUGUAAUAUUUUUUAUGAUUGUUUCAAAACGCUAACAACCGUUAUCAAUCGCAAAAGCUGCGUUUCCGGGUGGCAAUGAAAAAAACAGUUAGCCCCUAUACAUCAGAGACAAGAUGAAACAACACUCAACAAUAUAUAUUAUUUUAACGGAUACAAGUUUUUCAUUUUUUUUUGUUUUACCUUGAUUUCUAGUAGAUAUCCGAAACUCUUGAAAUCAAAUAGAUAACGUGUGCAGCCCUUAACUAUGUAACAGACUAGUAGAAUAUAUUAUAUUUAAAUACAUUGUCAAGUCUCUGUAAUCUUAUAAAAGUCGUCUGUCAUUUUCAGUUUCUCAAUUUUAUGAUAUGAAUCAUCAAGCGGGAAGAUAAAUUAAUUUAACAUUUUAGCAAAAAAUUAAAUAAAUUAAUGUAACUAAGUUUUCCAAAUAGAAUAACUAAAAUAUAUACAAAAAUAAAAAAAACCUGAAUAAAUGAUUGUGUUUGUAUUUAAAAAAAUAUAUUUGUGAACUUUUACUUUAAAUACUAUAAUAAAUUUAUAUUUUAUUAAAAUCUAAUAAUAAUUAAAAUAAAUAAAUAAAUAUAUAUAUAUAUAUAUAUAUUUUAUCAUGCAAAUUUUGAUAUUUUUACCCUUUAUUCUGAAAAAAGAUUAUGAUAUAAUAUGCCCAUGUAUACAUAUAAUUUGUUAGUAAAUCAGGAUGACAAUCCAAUCUUCAUAAAACUAAUAUUUGCAAUUUGCCUUUUUUUUUGUAGGAGUUACGUCAAAUAGAUAUAUAACAUGUGCAGCCCUAAACUGUGUUACGGACUGGAAUACAUUGUAUUCAAACACAUUGUCAAGUCUAUCUAACUUACUUGAAUUUGUAAAAUCGUGGAAAUUAAAAUUUCUAUGUACAUUGGCUGGACAAUUUUAGAUCAGGCGGUACCAGCAACUAGUGACCACAGAUUAGAGCAUGUUUAAUGGUUCAUAGGGUGAUGUUCUUAGUGGAAUAUAAAAAAUCAUCUAUUAAUUUUUAACUAAAAAAAUUAAGAACCGGUUCUUAAAUAAAAAAAAUUAA